AUGUUUGUUCAGCUUCAAUCACUUUCAUUUGCCUUAAAAAUUGUUGUACUUCCAUCUGGAGAAAAGUUGGAAACUAAACGCAGUCAUGGAAAGGCGGUUACGUCCGCAAACGAAGGAGAAGGCAACUUUUCAGCAAGGUUUAUGACAGAUGAUGUCAUUCUUUACCUCGCUAGGGUUGGUCCAAAUGAAGAGGCAUUAAUAUGUGGAACAUUUGUAUUUUCAGAUGGUGUCGGAACUGAAUUGCAAGUCAAAAGAAGAAGAGCUAAAUUGCUGACGAGGCGUGAUGAAACACAAUUCAGAACAGUUAGUAAGGAUUUGCCUGAGGUUUUAGCAACUAUAAAAAAAAACAUAGAUUGUGAAGAUGUUUUUGAAGUGCAGUUCAUGAAACAAAGCUGUUGGAGGAAGAAUUUAAUCAGAACGUGA